AUGAAAGUAGAUCCCUCUCAAUCAACAACACCAUUUGCUUCCAUUACUGGUAUCAGUGAUUUCGAAGAAGAAGAUGAAGUCUUAUUUUCCAUGCAUAGCGUAUUUCGUAUCCAAGAUAUUAAACAGAUGGAUGGAAAUAGUCGUUUAUAUGAGGUUAAUUUGACACUUACUGCUGAUAACGAUCCAGAACUGCAUAGACUUACUGAUUACAUUCGACAGGAGAGUUUUCCAAACGAUGGAGGAUGGUACAGAUUGUGUUCGGUACUAAUUAAAAUGGGUCAAUUUGACAAAGCUGAAAGCAUUUAUCAAGUUUUACUUGAUCAAAACAAGAAUGAUAAAGAGAAGACAACUAUUUAUCAUCAACUUGGUGUGAUUAAACAGGACCAAGGAAAAUAUCAAGAAGCACUUACAUUCUAUGAAAACUCACUUGCUAUAACCUACAAUAACAUUGGUUUAGUGCAUCGUAUCAUGGGUAAUUAUCCAAAAGCCCUUUCAUCUUAUGAAAAAGCUCUUGAAAUUCAGCUACAAUUACUUUCUUCCAGUCAUCCUGAUUUGGCUCCUUCUUACAACAACAUUGGUGUGGUGCAUUCUAACAUAGAUAAUUAUCCAAAGGCACUUUCAUUUCACGAAAAAGCUCUUGAAAUUCAACUGCAAUCACUUUCUCUCAGCCAUCCUGAGUUGGCUCCUUCCUACAACAACAUUGGUGUGGUGCAUUCCAACAUGGGUAAUUAUCCAAAAGCACUUUCAUUUCAUGAAAAAGCUCUACACAUUCAGUUACAAUCACUUUCUCAGAGUCAUCCUGAUUUGGCUCCUUCCUACGACAACAUUGGUGCUGUGUAUGAAAACAUGGCUAAUUACGCAAAAGCCCGUACAUUUUAUGAACGUGCUAUAAAAAUUGGAGAACAAUCAUUACCUUCAAAUCAUCCGAAGCUUCAAAGAUAUAGGAAUAACCUCGAACAUGUAAGAAACAAAUAA